CUCGCUUCUACAUUCUUGUCUGCUGGCCAGCAUCUGUAUUAGUAGGACGACAAUGGGUUCCAUGUGCUCGAAAUCUGCAUCGCUCCUGGGUGGGCGGACAGUCCAUGACGAUCCAGAUGAAGGCAAUACGCCAAAUGGUUCUCGUCAGACUGAUCCUCGCGCCGCAGCUGCAGAAGCCGCAGAAAGACGGCGAAAGGCGGAGCAAUCCCGCGGCACGCAGGCCUCUAAUCCCAACAAAGGCAAAUUAGCUGCGAACUUGGAGGCAUCCAAAGCAGCCCCGAGGGUUCCGGAGCCGCGACAAGAAGAGCAACUCGUGUGGGACUGAUCUACAAGGGUCGUCAUAACCGCUUGCGUUACGCAUUGCCUGCAGGCCGCUAGCCGGAAAGGCUCGUGGCAUUCCGCCCCCACACGUUCUGGCAUGGCUGCCGUCACCGGUUCCAUCGACUGGGCAGUAAUUGCAUAUGCCAUCCCACUUCCAUUGUUUUCAUGUCGCUCGGGUACCCUGUAUUGGCCUUCGACAUUGAUGCGUGGUCCAAACGCAUCGAGCUACCGUUAUCUUAUCUAUGGGGCGUGGACAGGAUGACAGUGCCUCAGCGGAGACGCACGCAGACCUAUUCGUGAUUUGUAGUUCGUGGAGGGCGUUCCUAGACGGCCAUGACUCGAGCUUGAGCAUGUAUGGGAUUUCAUCUUGCCGCAUGGGAAAUCCGGAACGUUUGGCUCAGCUAUCACAAC